AUGAAUUCAACUCAACCAAAUCCAACCCAACGGAAAACGGUUCUUCUCCGUCCUAAAACAGCCCUCCCCAAAAAGAACUCUCUUGGUGAAGCCAGCCCAGACUACAACACUGUCUUUAACUUAUCUAAAGACGAAGAAGAACUCAUCGGGUUCAAAAAAUGAAGCCAAGAUUAUUAUCUAAAUCCUAAAGAAAACAAAGGCAGCUUUAAAAGCAGCACCCUCGGUAGCCUAAAUACCUACCCCAUAAUAAACCCCACUAUGAAAGAUCUCCGUCCUCAAAUCACUAUAAACGCUUAUUCGUUAUUUAAUGCAAUCGCUCAGUCUGAUAUUUCAGAUAAUAAGACACAUCACAAAACAAAUUCUAACACAGAAAAAGAAUUGCGAUUAAUUAUAUCUAUUUAUAGUAAAUAUAGGACUAUGAGGAUUGCUUUUUUUAAAAAUGGCUGUUUAUCUAUAUAAAAAUAGGAAAACAGACCAAUAAAAUGCUUAUUUAUUGUAAAUAGAUACACAAAAAAUAAAUCCCCAGACUCUAUAUAUAGACUGACCACCGAGUCAUUACUUGCCUAUAAAUUCCAAAAUCCUGAUAAAAAAAUCACUAUCCCACCUAGACCUAAAACAGCCAGUAGGGUGCCUAAACAGCCUGAAUUUGUAGAGUUUUAUGAAGAAGACCAUGAGAAAUCCUGAGAAGACACUGUAAAAACCAUUGUUCAGGCAUCAAAAGAAGAACUUUUGAAACGGAAAAAUUCGCAGCCUGAAAGUAUGACGACCAAUACAGAGCUGUCGACUAGAAGAAUGGAACAAAUUUACGAAAAAACUGAGCCGAGAAUUGGAGGAAAAAGAGUUAUUAUGUCAAUUUCUAAAGAAAACCAUCAUAUAGAGCCUGAAGAGCCUAGAAGAAUGUCCCAAACAGCCUCUCAGCCUGCAAUUUCAGCAAAAAAAGACAUAUCCCCUAUGACGAGGUUCACUUGUAUAAAAAAUGGGAAUAAAUUUUUGUGUGCUUAUGAGCCUCCUGCCAUUGAGCCAAAACCUGCAAUUAGGCCUUUUUCUGCUUAUAAGAAAAGGUCACAGUCUAAUAAAGAGCUGCCAAAACAGAAUAUAAAAGCUUCACAAGGGGCUGCGUUUUGGUACUCAUCGACAUUAACUGCUCCAUUCGGACAGCCUAUAAGAGGUAAAAAAAUGAAGGACACUUCAGAUUUUGGGGUCAUGUUCAGGCCUGAUUUUUUAAAAACUGGGCAAGUUUCAAGGCUUCAAGAGAAGUUUAAAGAAAUUUCAUAAUGGGGUGUUCUGAUAGGGUAGUUUCCUUAUUUUGGAGUGAAGGGGAAUUUCAGUUUGCCUGAGAUAUCGCCGGGACUGUUUCUUUGGGAGGUGGGUAUAAGUUCUAACGGUCGUGUAGCUGCCGAUCCAUUCUCACAGCAGGUCUUAUACCACCUAAAAGGCAUCACAAAACAAAAGACGAGCUAUUAUGAGUUAUCUUACUAGCUAAAAGAAAUUUCGACAGCUUCUCUAAAAAGGAUAAGAUUUUUGAAAGCUGGCUUGCAUAAAUAA